GUAAUACAUGAUGCCGUAAAGCAAUUCAACGAGUGCAUAGGCCUGUAUGUUGACCAACUUGACCUGGUUGUUUUAAUGAAGACAUGCCGUUUUCGUUAUUCGGCGAAGUAAAAGCCUUGACUUCUGUGGGUCACGGGGAAUGUGUUGUUUUAAUGGAAAUCGUACUAUCCUGUCAGAAUUAACCCAGAUGGAGUGAGUUUGAACUUGGACUUUUAGUGGUGGCUCAUAGGUUUCAUAUCCAAGAUUCGGAUAUUCUCCAAUUUUGAUUCCUUGUGUGUGGUUUAUCUUUAUUAGCAGUUACUUUUUUUAGGCCGAUUGUGGAAAUUCUGUUUAUGUUUCCCUUACGGUUUAAGAACUCGGCACGACAGGUUUCUGCUGCGCAUCCCCAAGAUGGCAUAACCAACUAGAUAGGAAACAUUUUACGCCGUGUCGACGUUCACCAGCCGUGGCUGAUACUAUAGACGAUAUAUUACUCUCGGACACCCUAAGAGGAGAUAAAUGACCGAGCGGGGAUUCGAACACUCACCGUCAUCAUGGAACCAACGCUCUAAAGACUAUCCCGUUUGGGUUUUUAUUUCCAUUUGUGCUUAUUUGAGAUCAAUGUGUGAAUUGGCACGACGUUCAGACGUUCUGAUUAAUCAACUGUUGUUGUUAAUUAAAGUUAUUAUCGCUGUUAGGUGGCCUAUAUGAAUAGGUAUACCUAUAUAGGAGGAAUCUGUGAAGCGACAAUAAAUUGAAUAUUAAUUGGAUUUAAUUAGAUUUUCAAUUAUCACAUGAAAAUGUUGGCGCCAACUUUUGCCUGAUAUUAGGACUAUGGUUGCUAAAUUGUUCAACUUUUCAACUUUUGCUGGUCCUGAUAUCCUUGUGUUCAUGGUGAACAGACCUAAAUUGCCAAUAAAAUUAUGAAGCAUCUUAGAUAUUCUCCAGGUUUCCCUUCCGAACAAUAAAAUUCAUCAUUUUCGACUGGGACGAAUAUGCGGGUAAGAGUGAAAGUUGAAACGAUGCCAUCGACUUCUAAGUCGAUAUGAUACGCCCUCGCUCUUUAUAUUUGUCUUGCCGAUAUUGUCUGUCAUUUCACUUUUGCCGGUUGUUGGUGUUCCUGAUCGUCUGAUGGGAGGGACGCAAGCACCUGUAUAGCCCUCACGUACGCGUUGAGUUCCGACUGCCAGGCGGAGGAGUCAGAACUAGACUGCUGGUUGGGUCUGUACCAACACAUUGCCACCUGAAAACAAGAAUUCGAACAUCAAAGGAUUGUGUUACGUAUUUAGCAUAUUUUUUAUCAAGAUGGAGUUGGAUGAAGUUUUGCACGAGCUCAAAGACUGGGGCAAAUACCAGACCAUGGCAUUCAUCCUCAUCACGAUAGCUGGAACUUGGUUCCCUGCUUGGCAGAUCUCUUCAUUGAGCUUUACCAUGGCCGAACAGGAGUACUACCACUGCACCCCUGCCCCAGGGACUUUCCCCAACGAAUCCCUAGUGUUACAGAACAGGACCGAUGAGGGCGCUGUAACAUUUGGCGUGGAGAGCUACGAGAAAUGCUUGAUGUAUGACAUCAUGGAGGGAGAGAUGAUCACGAACGAAACAGAAAUAGUUGGAUGUCAGUAUGGCUGGGACUACUACACAGUGUACCCAGAGGAGUCGACAGCAUUGAUGGAGAUGGACCUUGUAUGCGAUAAGGACAUUUGGGUGUCAACAGCACAGUCCAUUUAUUUCGCAGGGGUGAUGGUUGGAGCCUUCGGGGCGGGGCAGCUUUCGGAUAUAUUUGGACGAAAGAACGUCUUCAUUAUAUCUCUCAUCGGGGAAGGGAUAUGUGGACUGGUCCUCGCGUUUAUGUACAACUAUUAUGCUUUCGUUUCCAUCUGGUUUCUCGUGGGUAUGUUUGAAAAUGGGAUUAAUAUCGUGGAGUAUGUUCUUGUCGUCGAGAUGUUUACGCCCAAGAAGCGGACUGUGGCGGCGUGUAUCAACAAUAUCUCUUGGGGGCUGGGCAUCACUCUCUUGGGCCCUAUCGCAUGGCUUUUGAAAGAUUGGCGGUGGAUGCAGAUCGCUAUAUCUGUACCAUGUUUCAUAGGCAUUUUCUAUUUCUGGCUUAUCCACGAUUCCAUUCGAUGGCUUCUAUCGCGGGGUCGUUCCCGCGAGGCACAGGAAGUCGUCAAGAAGAUUGCGAGGUUCAAUGGUGUCGACCCCGUUCCCUGCUUAACCGAUUCCGACGACGACAUCGCAUUGACAAGGGAAACGUACGUGAAGAAGUCGCCGGAAGGGAUGUCGAAUGGAGAGUCUGAGAUAGGUGCCGGGGACGCCGAUAAGAAGGAAGAUCAAUUGAAGAAGGCUUCAUCGAUCGAGUCGUUGACGACGUUUUUCGGUGUACUCAAGAAAAGGAGGCUGUUGUUGAAUUCGAUUAAUAUGUUCUGUCAAUGGUUGAUGUGUAGCCUGGUAUACUACGGAUUCUUUCUGAACACCAGCGUCCUGGCUGGUGAUAAAUACCUCAACUUUUUCCUUCUUGGUCUUGUCGAGAUACCAGCCUACGCCCUCAUUACAUUAACACUUGUCAAAUGGGGAAGGCGAUCGACAUUAAUCGUGGCAAACUUGGUAGCUGCUGUCGCUUGUGUCAUCACAGCCUACGUUCCAGAGAAAUCAGAUGACGGAACGAAUUUACAGCCAAUUAUAAUUACAUUUGCCAUGAUUGGGAAACUUGGCAUAACCUGUAGUUUCGGCACAGUCUUCGUUUACGGAACCGAGAUUUUCCCCACGUCAAUUAGAAACGUCGGAUUCGGUCUGUGCUCAUUUUGGUCUCGCGUCGGUGGUAUCAUUGCUCCUUUUGUUAUUUUUAUCAACAAUAUCUACAAACCUGCUCCACUCCUAAUCUUUGGCGUUACGUCGUUCAUUUGUGGUGGCAUUGCUUUCUACCUACCCGAAACCCUGAACCGUCCGCUACCCGAAACGCUUGAUGAUGGUAACACGCUUCAUAAGACGAAACCCAUUCGCUCUAAUACAGAAUAUAUAGCGGGCGAGAGGAACUUGGCAGUAGAGACGUAGGUGAAGUUCCGGCUUGUGUCUAUCCGAUUAUUCCAUUCAGCUUCGUUCGAGAGACGCCCUCUACGUUUGUCCAAGUCGGGAUUCGGCGAUCACAUUCUACCUUUCUCCAUCGUCCAUAUAAUCCACAGGGUUGCUCUUAUACUCCUACUCCCAUGACCAGACUUUCAGCUCAACCCUUGCAAAACAGUCAGUUGACCAACAUUGGGGUCAAUCGAUGCUGGCUCUUAUUCAACAAUUUGGGCAUGUCCAUAUAACUAGAUCAUGGAGCGAUAUUGUCGGACUUGUCAAUAAGUUAGGGUGAUGUUACCAUAUUUGAUCGAUAUGAAAGAAUGGAAGUGGAAAACUAAAGCCCAUUGCGAUAUCUCCAAUGCCAAACUAAUCAGCUUCAUCAAACCCGAUCAAGGAAUUUCAGCCUUGUCCGUCCAGCUUGGCAGGUUAUUUGGUCGACCUUGAUCUGGCUCUCUCCCCAGCGCUCUGGCUCCCUACUCGAAUAUUCUGAACAUGUCCAAAAUGUUCGAGUGAGGGAAAAUGAAUUAAGAUUUAAAUUUCUAAUUUAAUGUCGAUCGAGGUAGAGUGAUAUCGAUAGCAGUAGAUUGACCCCGAUUUUCUUGUCGAGCUUAAUCAACUUCACUGCAAACAUAUUGAUCGAUCUUGAUAGAUCGUCGUCAGUGGGAACCUAGCCUGACAGUUCAACGGUUCAUUGAUAAUACCGGCAAGCAGAACAAAAAUGAAAAAGGUCUCCACGUGGAGAGAUUGCGUGAGCAUCACUAAAAAAUUUGGUCAGUAAAAACGUAAAAUGAACAUCAUAAUGAUAUUUUACAUGCAUGAUCAGCCCCCCCCCCUCACUUUCUACUCAGCCCCCACUCCCCAAUCAACAUUUCCAAACCGUUCCACUCAACCCCUCUGCCCAAUGAUGUUUGUAAAACUCAAUUGGAGUUCAGAGAAAAUUGUUAAGUCCUGCUUGGGUAAGGCUGUUGACUGAUUUUGUAUGGUUCAAAAAAAACCUCGAGCCCGUUUCAGAAAGCAUUGUUA